GAGAACCCGUUCCGGAACCGGAUAGUGGAGUCGUUCUCCGAGGACGGUCUGGGGAACCUCAGCUUCAACGACUUUGUGGACAUGUUCUCCGUACUCAGCGAGAUGGCCCCUCGAGAGCUGAAGGCCAUUUACGCCUUCAAAAUCUACGACUUCAAUGUGGACAACUUCAUCUGCAAGGAGGACCUGGAGAAGACACUGAACAGGCUGACCAAGGAGGAGCUGACCCCUGAGGAGGUGACCCUGGUGUGCGACAAGUCCAUUGAGGAGUCCGACCUGGACGGAGACAACAAGCUCUCCUUCGCAGACUUUGAAAACAUGAUCUCAAGGGCUCCUGAGUUUUUAAG